AGAAUGGUAACUGAGGCCGAAAACCUCCAGGAGGCUUUCUGACUUCAUCUCCCCAUGUGUAAAGUAUGCUGAGAACCUUUCCAGUGGUUCUGCUGGAAACCAUGUUUCACUACACCGACGAACCCAGGUUCACCAUAGAGCAGAUAGACCUGCUCCAGCGGCUACGGCGCACGGGGAUGACACGGCACGAAAUCCUGCACGCCUUGGAAACCUUCGACCGCCUCGACCAGGAGCACAGCGACAAGUUUGGGCGGCGGUCAGCCUACGGGAGCGGGGGCGGAUCCUGUAGCAACAGCACCACUAACAAUGUCCCGGCGUCUUCCUCUACCGCCACGGCUUCCACCCAGACCCAGCACUCUGGGAUGUCCCCUUCGCCUAGCAACAGUUACGACACCUCCCCGCAGCCUUGCACGACUCAUCAGAACGGGAGGGAGAGUAACGAGAGGUUGUCCGCCUUUAACGGGAAGAUGUCGCCCACCCGCUACCCUUUGGCGAACAGCAUGGCGCAAAGAUCCUAUAGCUUUGAAGCCUCAGAGGAAGAUCUGGACGUGGAUGACAAAGUGGAGGAGUUGAUGCGAUCACAUGGCCACAGCAAAAUCCUGUCUGAGCGUUUGAAACGGUUCUAUCUUUCAGCCCCGGGAAUCAGUCAGAGCCGGAUCUCCCACUGGCUGUUACAGCAGGGCUCAGACCUGAGCGAACAAAAGAAAAGGGCCUUUUACCGAUGGUACCAGCUUGAGAAAACCAAUCCUGGGGCUACGUUAAGCAUGAGGCUGGCCCCCAUCCCGGUGGAAGAGCCGGAAUGGAGGCAGACGCCUCCCCCUGUCACAGCUACCUCUGGGACCUUCCGCUUGCGGCGGGGCAGCCGGUUCACCUGGCGGAAGGAAUGUUUGGCCGUCAUGGAAAGGCUGGCCCCCAUCCCGGUGGAAGAGCCGGAAUGGAGGCAGACGCCUCCCCCUGUCACAGCUACCUCUGGGACCUUCCGCUUGCGGCGGGGCAGCCGGUUCACCUGGCGGAAGGAAUGUUUGGCCGUCAUGGAAAGUUGGAAGGGUUCCUGGUGGGGGAACUUGGGCGUGGUGGCCGGGCCCCAACCUCAGGGCUCUGUGGUCUGUGUCCCUCAUCCUCCUGUGGCCCGUUAUCUGCUCAGGCAUUUUGCUCUUUGGAGCAGGAAUUCGCGAAAGAAGCUGUCAGACCUGGAGCGCGUUACCUCCCUCAAAGUGUACAACUGGUUUGCGAACAGAAGGAAGGAAAUCAAGAGGCGAGCCAAUAUUGAAGCAGCAAUCCUGGAGAGUCAUGGGAUAGAUGUACAAAGUCCUGGAGGUCACUCCAACAGCGACGAUGUCGACGGGAACGACUAUUCCGAGCAGGACGCUUGGCAAGUACGGAAUGGGGAGGAGGAGGGACGAUGUACAGAGGGAGGCAGAGAAGCAGAGAAGUUAGAAGACAGCAGGAGCUGCUCAAAACAAGAUGACAGCACGAGCCAUAGCGACCACCAAGACCCUAUCUCACUAGCCGUGGAGAUGGCAGCGGUAAACCAUACCAUCCUGGCGUUGGCCCGGCAAGGCACCAGCGAGAUCAAAACAGAGGCCCUGGAUGACGACUGAUGAAGCGACGGAGGGGGAGGGCUCCGAACCGAACGAAAAGUAAACUUAGUUUUAGACGUAGCACCUUAGCCGCCUUUUUCCCCCGGUCCCUAAAUAUGUGUUCUUCUUAACAGUAUCUAACUGCAGUCUUCUUGUCCGUCAAGUUAGCCGUUUAGGGUCUCGUCCUGUGAAGAUGGCGUGGUGCCCUCCGACUCUACCUAUACACUCUCAGUAUUAACUAACUCCCAGUCAAAUAGUUAACCAAGCCGACCAACCUCCCUCUCCCGGCGCCAACCCUCCCCGCCCGUCCCAGCUGGGUGAGAAAACCUUCGCUGUUCUGUCUUUUAGCGUACCACGUGCUUCCGAGUGUCUUAGGCAGCUCUCCCUUCCUAGCUGUAGCCUGUGUCUGUAUCUCUCCACACUCCCGCCGCCCCCACGGCCACCGUGGAUUCGCCCGUCAGGCCGAACCGCGCGAAUUCCCUUUUUUUUUCUUUUUUUUCUUUUUACUUUCUCGUUCCAAGCCCGAAAGAAGACAAGAGAGAGGCGCUGGGUCUACCGGACUGUGGGUGCCAUCUGGGGAGUUUGGGGAGAGCACGGGGGAGAAUGUUGUGCUGGGCGCUGUCUCGGCCAUGCAGUGACACAUAGGUGGUGUUUCCUCUUUGCCGUCGGUGCUGUGAUCCAGGUGCUUGCGAUGGUCAGAAGCAAGGGGAGGGUUCGCCGGCUUGUUUCAGUUGCCGUUUCGCUGCUCAGAUCCUCAGCCGUAGCCUUCUUCUUUCUUUUCUUUGCGAGAUGUGAGACAUGAACUGUUUUUAUUUUUGGAAAAAAACCAACGGCCAAAUCUCCAGUGUCAACCCAAAGUUCCCAUCCACUGAAGAGGGUGUGAUUGCAUUUCUCUGGAAGAUCUGCAAAUACAGGCAGGCCUCCUUACAGCGGUUGAUGGGUGGGCAGGGAUUCUUCCACACUAGGCUGCGGUUGGAGAGUUCACCGUGCAGUCCUCGGGUUUGUCUACUCACCAGUAAGCCCCACUGAGUUCAGUAGGACUUACUUACUGGUAGAGAUAUACAGUAUAGGGAAGCAGCCUCUGUUGCUCCCGGUGGAGAAAUAGACAGUGCAGAAUACCUAGUAUCAAGGAAAGUAUGCCUGGGACAUAGGUGGUGGGUAGGGUUUCUAUAAGGGUGCUUAUUUCCCCCCACGAAAUAACACAUGGGUGGAAAUAAAUCUGUAAAGGACCUCUGUUUUUUCGUUUCAACACAGCCCCAACAAAUUUACCACGAUGGUGGUGGUGGUGGGGGUAAUGCUGGAAAGGCUUUUAAUUGUUUGAUGCCCCUUUUCCACUUAAGGAAUGUAGUGUUCUCAAGGAAAGUUUUAGUAAUGGUGUGCUAAUGGCAGGCUAGCGGUCUGAUGCCUGACCUUCAGGACACACUGAUGCUAUCUUCUCCGCAGUUUCUUUGGACCAUAUGUAAGUAUGUGCUAACAACAAUGAACUCUAAUGUGUAUUCACGCUGUCGUAAUAUUUUGUGUCCCCCAACCCUUGCAGCCAGUUCCCUACGGCAUUCUUAUUUCUCUGGGGGAAACGGGGGAAACUGGAUACAUGUUCUUUGACAUCUCUUCCUUUGUUCUGUUCUUGUUCAGGAGCCGGAAAGCUGUGCUACUCCGGGCAGGUUAAAUAAUCAUUGGAAGCCAUAUUUAAAUGGGAAACUAGCUGUUACUGUGAAUCAGAGAUGCUGAUUUUUCCUCGUGGUGGAAGCCAAGUUAGCUUUUACUUUCUUCUGCUGAUGUUAGCGGGCUCCCCCGAGGUUGCCUGAGAUAAUAUCCAGGCAAGAUGGCCUAAGGGGCUGAGGAAGAUGAUGAUGACGCAUUGGCAGGAUGUGAAGUGAAUCUACUUCUCCACAGCAAAAGCAAAUCGAGGUUUUGACUUAGGUGUUGAUCCAGAUUGUGUGUAGCACUUUGGUUACUUCCCAUCCCCACCCCGCAUUAAAUAAAUAUAUAUAUUUGUAUUUCGUAAUUUUAAAAAAAUCUUUCAAUUAAGCCCAAAUAAAAUACUGUGUCCUUGCUGUUAUCAUCAUCGUUUUGCUCUUUGCAGGAAACAAGUGCAUAUUGUAGGAACAGAGAAGGCAUUUAGUAAGGUGAAGAACGCAUCCUUGAUUCUGGGUGUGUCAAAAACAGAUGUUCCUUUCCUUAGCAUUGUCUUCAUUUUCUCCCUGGAGUUGGAGAACAUCCUCGUUUUCAGAGGCGUUGAUGUGUACUUCCCAGUUCAGAUUACAAGUGACUCCUUCAUUCCUUAACUGGUGCAAGCAAGCUCCUGGCUUUUCUUGAGAGCUUCCCCCCCCCCAUUGCUUCCUGGCUGUCUUGGGAUUCAGAUGAUGGUUCUUUCAAACAUCCACCUUUUUUUUUGCAUAAUUCUGGUGUUCAGAAUCUGCAGUUGCCAAAUUAUUUUCCAACGGUGCUUCCUAAAGAGAAAUGCACCAUAGGAUCCCUCUGUAUCCUCAGGGAUCAGCGACAGGCCCCUCCUCAUGGAUGCUGAAAAAUGUAGACUGUAGCGAAUGCUAAUAGCAAAUUUAGCAUGGUCGGUUGCAGCCAGUUCUGGUAAUGACAUGAUGAAAAUAUAUAUUCUCCAGCCAACGUUAUACA